AUGGCUCCAACGACACCACCCAGUUCUAGUGCCAGGAAGAGACGCGUAGCGAGCCCUGGAAAUGGAACAAAGACUCCCACCCUUCCAAGGGAACCUGCAAUACCGGAUACUACCCCCAAAGGCGCGCAAGAUGGUCACCAGCCUGAUACGAGUGUGCGAUCAGACGAAGUUGACAUCCGCCUCCUCCAGAAUCACGGCCUACUUAGCCUGCCUUGCGAGCUUAUCGAGAUGAUAGCCUCAAACCUCCUUGCCACUACGCAUAUACUCAACCUCGGACUCGUCAGCAAACGGAUUAGUGGGAUCGUUCAGCAAACCAUCGUGCGUGGCUUGAUCGUAUCUAGCAUGAAUAUUAGAGAAUUCUUCGAAAUGCUCAUUGGACACGCUGAGCUCAGCAACAAAAUAUCUAGUGUUAAUCUCGGAGAUUUUGGAUACAGGCACCAUGGACAACGUUUCUACGCAGAUCCGAUCGGUCUCCGCCCGAAUUUCCUAGAAAAUCUUGGCACCGCCAUCACUGCGACUACCGGGCGAGUCGUUGACUGGAGCCUGGUUAGAGAAGACAACAUAUCUGUCGGCCCUGUAUGGGAGCCAGAUUCAGCCUUCUUUCUCAACGUUCUCGCAACAUCCUGUCCAAGCAUCAAAUCGGUGACUGUUCAGCUACCCGAAGCUAGGGUAUUUCACUCAGGCGAACCUCCACGUCCGAUACACCUGGCUCCAUCAGCUUUCCCUGCGUUGAACCCAGAGUUACUGCCUGCUGCACCAUUCCAAGGUCCAGCGUUAGACGUGUUCCAGGCGAGGCUCGAAGCUCUCAUAAUCUCGGAGAAUACCAGAUGGAAAGGCCCUCUCACGGUUGAGGUCCUUGAGUCGCACAACCUUAAAUGGAGGAACAUGGGAACACACAUUAUUACGUUGGCAGGUUUCUCAAGACUGAAGCGACUUGAUGUACCUAUGGAUAUCUUAGGACGUCCGCACGACAUUGUGUUCUCCAGUACCAGUAGUCUGGAUAAGACAAAGCACGAUGGCACAGCGAUUAUAGAUCGUGCGCUUCCAAUGGGCAAGACGCUGGCGGAGCUACGUUCCAAGGUCUUACCGCUUACUAUACAAUAUCUUCACCUACGAUCAUGCAACAAAUGGAUGUUUGCCCUCUUGCAAAGAAUCAACGAAGUCCCUGUGGAAGAAUUGAGGCUCAGGCACGUCGAGCUGUCUUUCGAGCCAUCGCCUAACAACCUUUUGAUACAGUGCGAUGCUGCAGAUCUGGGUCAACUGGAUUACUCUCAGUUACUCGUAGAUCUUGACCGUAAAGGAGUCAAUGUCACUUUCCAUACCGGACCGCAAGGAACUCUCGUGGACAUGCGCAAAGAGAUCGAGGCGUUUUCCUGUUUGACGACUAUAGAGACCUGGCACUACUCGAUCACGCACGCGCCAUUCUCCAAGUGGAACCCAGAAGCUAUCAGAAAGCGUCAGUCGCUGAAGAUGGGCUUUAGAUAUUUCUUACGGCACGCUGACUACCACUCACAACUACUUAAUAGUCCCACUUUCAACCUAGAGUCGUGGACACAGAGCGCCUUCUUCCACGGCACCAGGGAUAGUAGAUGGGACCCGCAGCUUCUGGAUUCAAAGAUGAAAACGAAAACAGUCGGGUCUAGUGGAUGGAAUGAGAGGACUCUUGGGAAGCACGCACUGAAGCGACGACUUUCACCGUUAUUGAAUUUGGAUACCUACCAAUUUAGCCUCCGGAUCAAGCAGAGUCUUACACCGCUACCUAGAGAAAGCGGAUUCCUUGGUGCUAGUUUCACUACCAUAGACGGCACGCGCGCACAGCCUUCAGAUCAGCAUCGAGACACAGCGAAGAAACCUUGUACGUACGAAGAGAAGCCGAAGCGAUCGAGGCGUGCUGAGUGUGUUGAACUUGAAUCGCACACAAUAACCGAGGUCCACAAUCUACAAGACGACAUAGACAGGCUACGGCUAGGACCUGGCAACAUCAUUAGCAUAGAUUCCCAGUUCAGUGCAACACUGUGGGCCGAUGUCAAAUGGAAGAUGUUCCUGGAGGCGAACCCGGCCACACGAGGUUUCUCUAGUUUGUCCAUAAUGUUUCAUCGGUAUUUCAACCCUUCCUCAGAUCGCGAACGUACGACCAUGAACGACCUCCCCGAUGAAUUGCUGCUCAACAUUGGCGCGCACUUCACAAAUCUAAAUCGCAAUCGGGAUCUUGGAAACCUCGCGCUUACAUCCAAGAAAUGGAGGCCUAUUGCGCAGGAAUGGCUGCUCAUAGAACCGAGGUUCAAUCUCACUUUCAUUGAUGGAUACAUGUGGGAGAUGGGUCGUCGGCCGCACUUGCUGUCGCGCGUCAAGAAGUUGGAAAUCUGGAGUCGCAGUGAAGGAAGAACUUCAAAGACAAGACAUGUUAAUCGCAUCGGAGUAUACGUAUACCUUACCGACGUCAUCUACAACCCGACCCCCGCUCCAGAUCGCAUAACACAGCAAGCCAAAUUCAUGGAAAUAUGCAAGACCAUGAUCCAGCAUUACGCCGCCAACAAGCGACACGCGAAGGACUGGAUCAACUCUAUCAAGACAGAUGUCGUUCCCGCACUCUUUGGCAUUCUUCUCUGCAUACUCCCCAACUUGCGUGAGUUGAACGUCAGCGACGCGUGGCUAAUGGAUUUUCCUUUCUUCGCCAACACACGUUCUCCGUCCGCCAUCGCGAACCCUCCACAUCCAUGGUUGUGGAGACACAGCUUCCUCAGUGGCGCACUCGCAGCCACACUACCUCGUUUAACAGUGCUCGAGGUGCCCAGUGACAUGACGGCUUUGGUGUGGGAACACAACGUGAUCACGCUUUUCGAUUUCCGACGUUUCGAGACUCUAAAGGAAGUCACCCUUACCAUGAGAGCAAUCGAAGGCCAUACCAUCGCGCGCCAAGGAACACCCAACGCCAACCCGAGAGAGAUCUUUCCGAGGACACUGGAAACAUUACGUAUCAGCGAAGCGACGCAUAUCACAGCUAAUUUCCUCAACGAGCUCUGUCUCGCCAAGAAAACCUCCUGCUUUCCCAACUUGAAGCGGGUGGAAGCUUACCACAUUGAACAUCUAGAGAACACCAGGGCUCGUGCCGAUCUAGCAAGAUGCCUAGACCCAAUAGACGAUGUGCGCGCCAUGUUCCGCGAUGCUGAGGUUGCGGUGUAUCUCUAUUUCCCGCCCUGGACCAUGAAGACGUGGGAGUCAGAAAGUGGCACGCCGUGGAGAAUGAAGAGUGAGCCGGAUAGGCUACGUCAUGGAGAAUAUACAUGUUAUCGGAAAGCUAUGGGUCCCUUUGGAGUACAUCAGGAACCGAUGGAUAGAAUUGAGAUUGAGUGGGAUGCCGAGGGAGACGCGGUCAUGCUCUAG